GGAGGCCGGGGCCGUGGGCACGCUGGGACAGGAAGACCCCAGGACCCUCCUCCCCUGCCCUCAACUACUGUGGCCAGGGCCAGCCCCGGUCUGGGCCCACUGCUGCUCCAGUCUACAUGACAACCAGAGCCUCGGAGGAGCUGGACGGAGGCCUGGGCAGCUGCCUGGCCAGCGAGGACCUCUCUGCUUUGGCAGAUCCCUGCCCAGGCCGGCCUCCAGGGGACAAGCCUCCAGAGACCCCCAGGCUGGGCAACUCCAGCACCUGGCCCCAGGACUCUCGGGAGGCCGUGGCAGUGGGGAAUGUGGCCACCAAACCCAAGAAGAUGGAAAAGGAGCCUGUGGUCAGGGGGAGCCCAGGAGCUGGGAAGGAAAAGCUGAAAUCUGGAGCAACCCCUCGGAGCGUCCCCGCACGUAAGAAGGCGCAGGCCGCGCCACCGCAGCCGCCACCGCCGCUCCCCGCCCUCGGGGAGGAGCUGCCCUGGGGAGACGUGACCCUCAACAAGUGCCUGGUGCUGGCCUCCCUGGUCGCCUUGCUGGGCUCCGCCUUCCAGCUGUGCCACGAUGCCAUGAUGGGGGAGGGGACUGCCCCCACACCUGCCCCUGAGCCCUGGGUCCCUCGGAGUUCUCCCCACAAAGAGCCGGUGACUUCCCUGCCUGAGCCCACCAUCCGGGAGCCCCCAUCGAGACGGCCCGCUCCCCAGGCGGGGCCACCAGCCCUCCAGGGGAAGACAGAGGACAGUCCCGAGGUCCCCAUGACCAAGGAGGCCGCAGAGAAGGCUCCAGGGGAAACUGGGGAGGCCACCAGAGAGGCUGCUGGGGAGGACGGAGGGCCCAAGGAGAGGCGGCGGAAGGAGAGGCCGCGGAGGGAAGAGAGGCCGCCGAAGGAGAAAAUCCGAAAGGAGAAGCCGCGGAAGGAGAGGCCGCGGGUCGCCAGGGAGGCCCGGGAAGCCCUGCCCCGACGUUGGGAGGCACGCGAAAGGGGCCAUCGGCCCUGGGCGAAGGACCCCAGGUACCCUGAGCCCAGGAAAAGGCAGGUCUGGGUCCCCCCGCGGCACCCUGACGACGAGGAGGACGGGCGUCCAGGCCGACGGAAGCUCCGCGCGGGCAAGGGGCGGGGCUGAGCCGGGCCCGGGUCCCGAGCGCGUCCCGGGUCCCAUC